GCAGGACCACGCGUGGGCGGAGCUUCCGGUGCGGCGGAGAGGGAGGCUGCUGCAGUCUUCCCCGGUAACGUGAGACAUCAGCCCCAGGCAGUGGGAGCAUGAAGCCCAGACCCGCGGUUUUCGUAGACAGGAAACUGAAGCAACGAGUCAUUCAGUACCUCAGUAGUAAUAGAUGUGGCAAAUAUGUGGACACUGGAAUCUUAGCAUCCGACUUGCAAAGAAUGUACAGUGUAGAUUAUGGUCGAAGAAAAAGAAAUGCUUUUAGAAUUCAGGUGGAAAAAGUGUUUAACAUAAUUAGUAGUGAGAAAGAACAUAAGAGUCUUAAAGAACUAGAAGAUGGACAUCUGGCAAAAAGAGCAAGACACGAUGAAGAUGAUGAGUACACUGAAAGCUAUUCUGAUGAUGAUUCAAACAUGGAAGAUUACCCAGAUCCACAGUCAGCAAAUCACAUGAACAGUUCCCUGCUCUCUUUGUAUCGGAAAGGAAACUCUGAUUCUGUUUCAACCACUCCAAAGUUGGAACAGAGAGAAGAUGCCACUUCAUCACCAUUGCUGUCUUCUAAAACGGACUCCAUGCCAUUGAAGACCCCUGCCCGAGAACCUGAGGGAGGAUGGUUUAUUGACAAAACCCCAGGUGGACAGAAAGAAAGUCUUCCCUUGGACCUGUCAGAUGACCAAAGCAACUGUAAAAAGCAGGAUCCUGGGAUUCAGAAUUUAAAGGAUUCUUCUCUUCUGGAAAGUGACAAGAAAAGGAAAAGUAGGGCAAGAGGCAAAGGAAACAAAAGAAAGACAGAGGGUCUUCAAGAAGCGGAUGGAGAGAUAGAAGCUAUUCUGCAAAAGAGAGCUAAAGCGAAGAGUACAGAGUUGCAGAUUUCCAGCGUGAAGUUUGAAGAUGUUGGAGGCAAUGAUGCGACAUUAAAAGAAGUCUGCAAGAUGCUCAUUCACAUGCGUCAUCCAGAGGUGUACCAGCACCUUGGUGUCGUGCCCCCUCGUGGAGUUCUUCUGCAUGGACCACCAGGCUGUGGGAAGACAUUACUUGCACAUGCGAUAGCAGGGGAGCUUGACUUGCCCAUUCUGAAAGUGGCUGCCCCAGAGAUCGUGUCGGGAGUGUCUGGAGAGUCUGAGCAAAAGCUCAGGGAUUUAUUUGACCAGGCCGUGUCAAAUGCACCAUGUAUUGUGUUCAUUGAUGAAAUUGAUGCAAUCACCCCCAAAAGAGAAGUUGCUUCAAAAGAUAUGGAACGAAGGAUCGUGGCCCAGCUUCUAACCUGCAUGGACGAUCUGAAUAAUGUGGCAGCUACAGCCCGAGUCCUAGUUGUUGGAGCUACUAACCGGCCAGACUCAUUGGAUCCUGCUCUGAGACGUGCGGGAAGGUUUGAUCGAGAAGUCUGCUUGGGUAUCCCAGAUGAGGCAUCCAGAGAAAGAAUUCUCCAAACUUUGUGCCGGAAACUGAGACUUCCGGAAACCUUUAAUUUUUGUCAUUUAGCACACCUGACGCCAGGCUUUGUUGGUGCUGACCUGAUGGCUCUUUGUCGAGAGGCAGCCGUGUGUGCAGUGCACAGGGUCUUGAUGAGACGGCAGGAGCAGCAGAGGACAGAGCCUGAGACAGGGGGUUUGCCCUCUGACGGAGAGCAGGGGAGAAGCCUGGGAGCAGAGCCCCCUUCUAAAACACAGGAUGAAUUACAAAGGCUGUUGGGGUUGCUAAGAGACCAAGAUCCCAUCUCAGAGGAGCAGAUGCAAGGACUGUGCCUCGAAUUAAACGAUUUCAUUGUUGCUCUAUCAGAAGUCCAGCCUUCUGCCAAAAGGGAAGGCUUUGUAACUGUCCCUAAUGUGACAUGGGCUGAUGUCGGUGCCCUGGAAGAUAUCAGAGAGGAGCUCACCAUGGCAAUAUUGGCACCUGUUCGCAACCCGGAGCAGUUCAGGGCGCUUGGUUUGGUGGCCCCAGCUGGCGUCCUCCUAGCCGGACCUCCUGGGUGUGGGAAAACGCUGCUGGCAAAGGCUGUGGCAAAUGAGUCUGGACUAAAUUUUAUAUCUGUCAAAGGCCCCGAAUUAUUAAAUAUGUAUGUCGGGGAGAGUGAGCGCGGUGUGCGACAGGUUUUUCAGCGAGCCAAGAACUCGGCGCCCUGCGUGAUAUUCUUUGAUGAGGUGGAUGCCUUAUGCCCCCGGAGAUCAGACCGAGAAACAGGUGCUAGUGUCCGUGUGGUGAAUCAGCUGCUGACAGAAAUGGAUGGUUUAGAAACACGCCAACAAGUUUUUAUUUUGGCUGCCACUAAUAGACCAGAUAUCAUUGACCCUGCUAUUCUGCGCCCAGGCCGGCUGGACAAAACACUCUUUGUGGGUUUGCCACCCCCAGCAGACCGUGUUGCCAUAUUAAAGACUAUUACAAAAAAUGGCACCAAACCUCCCCUGGAUGAAGAUGUAGAUUUGGAAGCAAUUGCUAAUGACCUUCGUUGUGAUUGCUAUACGGGUGCAGACCUUUCUGCUUUGGUCCGAGAAGCUUCUCUCUGUGCCCUGAGACAAGAAAUAACAGGACAGAAGAAUGGCAUUGGAACAGCUGAGCUGACGGUCAGUCAUAAGCACUUUGAAGAAGCUUUCAGGAAAGUGAAACCAUCCAUAUCAGUAAAGGUGAGAAACACUCCUCAGGGUCUAGAGAAGAGGAAUGAAAUGACAUCCAUUCAUAAGAACUCAGAAAUUUUAUCAUUUUAUUUUCUUUGUUUAUUUUUAUUGAAGGAUAGUCUCUUUGUCCAGCCUAAGCUAGCCUCAAACUCAUGAGACGCCUGCCUCAGCAGUCUAUGUUUCAGGAUUUCAGAUAUGUGCUGCAAUACCCCUCUUCACCGGCAUGUAUCAUAGUAGGCCAAAAUGUUAAAUGCUCACGUAAUGGAAGACAAUAAGUAUCUCUCAAAUAUAUUAUUAAAUAAACAGCAUAGGAAAUGUGUUAGAUUGUAAGCUUGAGCCACCAGGCCUAGCACAAUUGGCUUUUAAUUAUAAAUUCACUUUUAUUUUUAGUUUGUAUAUGGUAGGGAGCACACUUGUACCACAGCAUGUAAGCAUAAGUCCGAGGGUAACGUGUGAGAGUUCUCUGUAUUGUGUAGAGGGUAAGGAUUGAACUGUUGGCCCUAAGAUAGAUUCUAAGUAGCUGGAAAUAAAGCAGAACACAUUGUAAGUUUUCUUUUGGGAUAAAUAGGUAAGGGUGGGAUUGCCAUGUGACACGGAAAAGGUUCAUGUGGUGUCAGUGAGCUCCCACUAUAUACCUGCUACACUGACAGAACUCUGAAAGACUGACCACAGCAAGGGAGGUGAGGAGGAAGUUUC